AUGUCAUGGUUGUACGAGGGCUGGGAUACUGCCAUGGUGCCCAUACCGAGACAGAAGACGAUUAAGGUACUCAACCGAAGCCUUUGGCUCAAAAGCCUAACCACAAGGCAGCGGUGUUUGGCGGAAAAUGCAAAUGCAUUACCAUUUCUACGGAACAAGUCGCCACAUGUUCCAACCCUCAACCUGGAGGGCCAGGAGACUGUGUUCGUCAGACCUCCAACCAUUGACCAACCUGGUAUGAGAGACUUUCUAGGAGUUCGACUUCCAAUAUCUCUGAUUAGCACUUCACCACUCUCCGCUCGACCGCCUCGGCCGGCCAGUAAGCGACCGCGUAACAAACCAGCAGCGGGGAACAACGAAAACGUCCUGGACCAUACACCUGUUUCCGGAAACUCGGAAUGUGCAAGUACAGUUGAACUUUCUGAGUCACUCCAUUCCUCAGCUGCCCAAGCUUCGAGUUCGAUAGCAAGACAACCGUCGACCAGGGAAACAGAAGUACUGAACCAGCAAGAAGUUGAUCCAACCGAACCAGUAGGAACUCAUGUUGAAGAACAAAACAAGGCGGAACCAGAAAAGCCGGCGAGUAUCCGACACACCAGACUGAAAGUCGCCUUUGUCGAACCGACAGAAAAACAAGAACGUUCGCCUACCAAAGUGUCCUCAACGGAUCCCAGUUUAUCACGCCCUGCUCCAACCAUCCUCCGGAGCUCCGCGGGAAAUACAACUUGGGGAACUCAUAAACUCAGUCCAUCCGCCCAGUUCCCCGGAUGGGGUGUGAUCACCGACGACGAAGACGAAGAAACGGUCAAAGACGCAGGCUCAAAAACAACUGGUGGAACCGAAACGAUUGCGAACACGGAGCGGGAAAUUGUUGAAUCAGUGGCUGGAAAAACCGAAACGACUAUUGCACAACCAAUCACAGUUGAGGAAGGUACGAACAAUGGGGAUGUUGUUCGGCGGCCUUUAGUUGUCACCGUGGAAGAUGUGGAGACAUCCUCAUCCCCAGAGCCUGACGGGAAAGAAGUGCCCACGAGCUAUUCCCAUUUCAGUUCCAGACCUUCAAGGGUUGUCACUGAGAAGGAGCGUUUUCAGAUCCAACAAGAGUUCCUACGUCAAAAUGCGCUGCGUGAUUUAGCCCCACCUAGACCGAGCGGAUCAGCAAUGCUCAGGCAGCCAAGAAAGUCACUAGCAAUGAUCUUUAACAACCUGAGUAACAACCUAGGAUUUAUUCCAAAGAAUUCCUCCAAGACGGCUACGUCCAGUCCCGUCCAGUCUCAAGUUACUCUUGCCCCCACAGACCAGGAACAGUCCACCCCAAGUUCAAUACCUCCCUCAGUCCGAGCCAGUCUGAUGGAACUUACUGGGUCGAAGCUGUUAAAAGACAGACGGGGACAUUCAACCUUAAUUCAGAUUGGCAAAACCGACUCGACUGAACAGAAUCUAACUUAUAUAAACGGAGAUGUUUGUCGCCGUCCGGAACGAGGGCGAUUAGGAACGCUGAUCGGGACAUCCUCCAAUCGAGGGAGUGAAACUAACCCGACCACCAUUGCCAACUUCGGCGCCCAACGUGCUUAUUUGCAGGGAGACACAACUGCUGAGCGAUCUCUAAUCGUUGACCUUCUCUGCUGUACCUGUUGUACAAAGGUCGAGGAAGAGGAGGCCUACGCGAACCUAAUCGAGAAUCACAGACUAGCUCGAGUGAUCACACUCGCCGCUGUUCUCACUAUUUUGGGACUGAUUUUGGCCUAUAUUAUACGCUCCGCAAUUGAAGCACCCCAAUCGGAUCAAACAAACACACCACCUGUUCCUGCAGCCAUUAACCUACCCUCGGUAUGGGGACAAGCGGAUAGAAAGGUGAACACUGCCAUUCACAUAGAACGUAUUCGCCUUCCAGAAGCGGACCCGCGGGUGACUGUGAUAAACAGAAACGUCUCAGUUUCCUCUACCACAACUCUUCCAGUCACAGAUACUGUGUGA